CGCUUGAUGGCGUUAAAAAGAAUGGGAAUUGUCAAAGACUAUGAGAAAAUCCGUACCUUUACGGUUGCAGUCGUAGGUGUAGGUGGAGUUGGCAGUGUGACUGCUGAAAUGCUGACACGGUGUGGCAUUGGUAAGCUGCUUCUGUUUGAUUAUGACAAAGUGGAAUUGGCAAACAUGAACAGACUCUUCUUCCAACCUCAUCAAGCUGGAUUAAGUAAAGUGCAAGCAGCAGAGCAUACUUUGAGGAAUAUUAAUCCUGAUGUUCAAUUUGAAGUACAUAACUACAACAUCACAACACUGGACAACUUUGAACACUUCAUGGAUAGAAUAAGGAACGGGGCACUAGAGGAGGGGAAGCCUGUGGAUCUUGUUCUGAGCUGCGUGGACAACUUUGAAGCUCGCAUGGCGAUUAACACGGCCUGCAAUGAACUUGGACAAAUCUGGAUGGAAUCUGGAGUGAGUGAAAAUGCAGUGUCAGGACACAUACAGCUGAUCAUACCUGGGGAAUCAGCAUGUUUUGCGUGUGCUCCUCCACUCGUAGUUGCUGCAAAUAUUGAUGAGAAAACACUAAAACGAGAAGGAGUUUGUGCAGCGAGUCUCCCUACAACUAUGGGUGUUGUGGCAGGAAUUCUUGUACAAAAUGUUCUCAAGUACCUGUUAAACUUCGGUACUGUGAGUUACUAUCUCGGUUACAACGCAAUGCAGGAUUUCUUUCCAACUAUGUCUAUGAAGCCAAACCCACAAUGUAGUGACCAAAAUUGCAGGAAACAGCAAGAAAAUUAUAAGAAAAAAGCAGCUGCACAACCAAAACAAGAAGUAAUUGAACAGCAAGAGGAAAUAGUACAUGAAGACAAUGACUGGGGUAUUGAAUUAGUAUCAGAAACUUCAGAAGAUGAGCUGAAGGCUGCAUCUGGCCCGGUUCCUGAGCUUCCCGAGGGCAUUACUGUAGCAUACACUAUCCCAAACAAGGAAGAGAAUUUGGUAACUGAGGAAGCAGUAGCAGAAUCUGAAGAAAGCCUAGAAGAACUCAUGGCCAAAAUGAGAAACAUGUAG